ACUGAAAAUUUAAAAUUUUUAUUAUGAUCAAAUAUCUAUUAAAUUGAUAUUUUAUAAUCUAAUCGUUAACCGAUUACUCUCUUUGUAAACAAAAAACUUUAAAUGUCGGAAUGGUAGUAGACAACCCUACGCAAGCGGCAUGAAAUAUGACAGUUGUUACAGCUGGUAGAUGAAAAUCGCGUUUUAUUUUUUCUUUCAAAGUUUUUAUUAGAAAUCUUGUAAAAUUUAUUUAAUAAAUAAAACAAGUGAAAUAUGACUGCCGUACCACCACCUUCAAAUGUGUCAACUUUAUUACCACUUGAACUUGUGGACAAAUGUAUUGGAUCUCGGAUUCACAUUAUAAUGAAGAACGAUAAAGAGAUGGUUGGUACAUUGUUGGGAUUCGAUGAUUUUGUAAAUAUGUUGUUGGAUGAUGUGACAGAAUACGAGAACACGGCAGAAGGCAGGCGUAUAACUAAACUCGACCAAAUCCUGCUUAAUGGCAACAACAUAACAAUGUUAGUGCCCGGCGGCGAUAUACCGGAAUGAAAUGACGCGUGGUAGAAAAUUUACAUCUAUAUUUUAGAGUUUUAACUUUAGCAUUACGAACUAUUGAAUACAACUCAAGGUUAAACAAG